GUCACAAGUCACAACACCUUGAACAGUUUCUUUGAAUUGCGGCGUCUAUUUUGAAAAAAUAAUAAUUACAAAUUUUUUGAUAAAAUGAGUAGUGAUUCAUCGACUGAAAAAAGUCCUCCUAAGAAGAAAAAUGUAUGGUUUUCGUGGUUAAAAGAUGAUAGGUACAAAGGCUGGUUAAAGAAAAGCACUAAAGGUGAGACUUAUUUCUUUUGUUCUGCGUGUAAUUGCGACAGAAAAUGUGGUAUACACGAACUGCUACGACACAAAGAUUCAACCAAACACGCGAAGAAUAGUUUGAAGUUACAAAAACAACAAAAACUGACAUCAAUGUUUACCUCAGCUUCCAACUCACAAGAUACAAAAAUUGCAGCUAAAGCGGGUGAAGUAAAAAUGGCCUGCUUUAUAGCUGAGCAUAAUCUGUCUUUUAACAUAGCAUCUCAUUUGAAUAAAUUGAUUUGCGCUGUAUGUCCAGAUUCGAAAAUUGCCGUAUAAUUAUCUGUAAGCCGCACAAAAGCUAGAGCUAUUGUUGACGAAAGCACAGAUAAAUCUACGAUAAAACAUUUAGCGCUUGUCGCUAGAAUAGUAAAAUUAGAUUUCAGCGUUGGAGAUAGAUUUCUGACUUUAAUACCAAUCGUAGAUGGUACAGCAACAGCGUUGUAUGGCAAAACAGUAGAAUAUUUUGUUGAAAAAAAUAUUCCUUACAAAUCAAACAUGAUAGGCUUUGCUUCUGAUGGCGCUAACGUUAUGUUUGGAGAUAAACAUUCAUUGGUCACUUUGUUUAAAAAUGACAUACCUCACAUUUUUACAUUCUUUUAAUCUAUGCGUAUCAUACGCAUGUGAGAAAUUGCCAAGGGGCGUGGAAGAUUUCUGUAGAGACGUAUAUAAUCAUGUACAAAAUUCACCAAAACGUAUUGGAGUUUUCAAAACAUUUCAAGCAUUCACAAAUAUUAAACCACACAAAUUACUCCACCCUAGCCAAACCAGAUGGUUGUCGCUUAUUGAGGUAGUAAAUAGGUUUCUGGAACAAUUUCCAGCUAUAAAAUUGUAUUUUCAAGCUGCAGUUCAUGUAGAUAGAUUACUUUCUGCGCAAUCAAUUCUCUCCAAGGCUCUCGAACCGACAACUGAAUUGUACCUGGAGUUUUUGAAAUUUGCAUUACCUAUAUUUACCGAUCUCAAUAAAGAAAUGCAAUCCGAGACUCCGAAAUUAUAUUUACUAUACGACAAAAUACUGACCGCAUAUACAACGAUCUUGGAAUGCUUUGUACAAGCUGAAUAUUUGAAUCUCACUGAACGAGAAAAAAAUGAAGCACAAAAUAUUUUACACGCAAAAGAAACUAAAAUAUUAAACCUUGACUUCUCGAGUGAGCAGAAACAUUUACCGAUGCAACAUAUAUACGUUGGUGGAAUGGUGCCAAAUUUGAUCAGAAGAAAGAGAGAAUUAGUAGAACUAGAGGAAGAACAGCUGAAAAAUUUCUACUUAAAGUGUAAGGAGUUUUAUAUCGAGGCUGCAAAACAGAUAUUAAAAAGGUUUCCUUUUGACGACAAAGACCGUCAAGCAUUAAAAUGUCUGAAGAUGCUAAAUCCUAAAGCAAUUCUGGAUUCUGAAAUAAAAAAGGAAUUCCCUUCCUUUGCAGAUUUACAUUAUAUCUUCCCAAAGAUUUGUCCAAAUAAUAUAACGGAACUGUAUAGAGAAUGGCGAAUGUUAAGAAAUGUCGAUUUUUCUUUCGACCAAAACAAAACUCCCGAUAUUAUCGACUUUUGGAAACGUGUUCAAGAAUUAAGAAAUGGAGACGAAUCUCAAACAUUCCCUACAUUGUGUGAAUUGGUAAAGAAGCUUUUGUGCCUACCACAUACCAGCGCGCCGUGGAAAGGUUAUUUUCUGCUAUAAAUAUUAUGAAAACCAAAUUACGCAAUAGAAUAUCGACUACAACUAUUAAAGGAGUAUUACACACUAAAUCCGAAAUAACUGAUUGCUAUUCAUUCGAAGCCACAGAAAAGCACAUGAAGAAAUUCAACAAAAACAUGUAUAAUUUUAAAAAUAAAAAUGAGUGUGAAAAUAUUGAAGAUGAGGCAAUUGAAAAUGAAACUGAAAAAUAAUUUUACUUUGAUUUUUGUUUUAUGUUGCUGUGAUUAUAAAUAUAUCAAUUGAUGUGAGUUCUAGUAACUAAGAAAGUUGUUUAUUAUUUAAUUAUAUGAGCAAAAUUAUGAAAUCUGCCUUUUUUUCUUUACCUACCGCUUUCUACUGUUUGUUUUAGGCGAGUUGUGGUUUUUUAGUUUUUUGAGGUUGGCAACACUGAAGUUAACAAAGCUCUAAUAAGAAAUCCGUAAAGCUUUAAUUGAAUUAAUAAAAAAAUAAACCAAGCUGAGUCAGCUUCAAUUUAUAAACAUAUCUUCAGAAAUUCGAGUUCUUUCCAAUAUUGUCUGAACUGCGCAGUUAGUAUUAAGUAAACAAUAUUGUAACCUAUAAAUAAGUGCAUCAUAAAAUAAAGUACACACGUUUUAUUAAAUUCGCUAAGAAAGGGAGAGUUAUUGUAUCCCUACACGCGAGUUAAUUUAUGUGUGUUUCCCGAAACAGAAUCAAUCAAAUAUCCUGAACUAAUGAGAAAAAAAAACACAAACAAAAAUCGGCAAGUUCGAGUUAAUUUACGCUUGUUCCCCGAAAAAUCAAUCAAUCAAUCGGACUAAUUAGUAAUUUUUCCAAUAUGUCAUUAGAAAACGGGAACGAAGCAAUUAUCACGAGAAUAAUUGCAGCAACAAAUGCUUCCCUUAAAUUAGAAGUAGAGGAGUUGUGAAGACAAUUAUAGGGGUUAACAAAUUCGGCUACGGUCACCGAUUACCAAGCAGAUUGAUCCACAGAUCAGGUGCUAGGAGUCGCUUGAGGUGAUCAAGUCUCUACCAGAAUUCUCUGGUAAACAAAAUAAAUACGUUAGUUGGAGGGAGUCUGCAGGUAAUACGAUGAGCCUAUAUGUGAGAGGCAGUCUUUGCCGCACUAACAAUAUUGCGAAAUGAAAUUACACAUGACGCAAAUGACCUAUUGUCUAAUCAUGGGACAGUACUGAAUUUUGACGCCAUCUUAGCACGCUUAGAUUUUGCGUAUGCUGAUAAAGAGCCUGCUUAUAUAAUCGAAUAGGAAAUGAGUAUAUUGCGGCAGGGUAGUAAUACCAUUAUUGAGUAUUACAAUAAAGUUAAUGAAAAAUUAACUUUACUAAUAAAUAAGACGAUUAUGACAUACGGAUCGAACAGUGCUGUUACCAAAGUAUUAAAACCACAAAAAUCGCAUUACAGUUUGGAAGAACUCAGAGUUCUUCGGCUCUUAAUUACAAUAGGCGGUAUGACAGUUUUAAUAAUUUUAAUAAUAAUUUGCGUUUCGCACAAAAUCAAGUAACAAAGGUCUAUAACAACAGGCCGACUCAAUACAUUCAGUCUCGACCUACUCCAAUGGAUGUUGAUCCGAGUAUUAGAAUACAGAAUCGGCAGCAAACGCCAAUAAGUUAUGAACAAGGAAACACACCCGAAAAAAGGCCACAUAACAGCACACAACGGAAUAUGCAGCCGCCUAACAAAACACAACGAAUUAAUAAUAUCAAAGAGGACCGUUUUUUAGGUCAAAAUUAACUCUACCAUAUAUUUUCUUGUAUGACAGAGUAGUGGGAAAAAAUUUUAAAAUACUGGUCGAUACGGGGGCAACGAGCUGCUACAUAAAAGCAGGAAACAGGCAAAUUUUGUACGAAAUUGAAAAUUUGGAAGCAGAUUUAUUAAUUGGUUACAAAUUUUUAAGUAACCUAGGGGCUGUAAUAGAUUUUGAGAAUGAGAAAUUAAUAAUAAAUGGUGAUAUAGAAGUGAAUUUAUUUAGCUUUGGAAGUGAACAUGAACAACAGGACAGUAAAGAAGUUUUGAAAAUAAAAUUAGAGGAGACAUAAUUAUGUACUUUGGGAGCAGAGAAUUCUGAAGCACCAGCCGAAGUUAAUUCCGACAACAAAAAUAAAAUUAGAGGAGAUAUAAUUACUUUGGGAGCAGAGACUUCUGAAGCGCCAGCCGAAGUUCAUACAGCAGAAUAAAACAAAAAAAUAAUGGUAAAAAACCAAAUAAGAAUAUAAAAAUACGAAAUUUAUAUUACUUGGGACUAUAAAGUCCUAAGACGCCAGCCGAAGAAAGUACCGGCAAUAUUAAAAAUAAAAAAUACAUUAAAAUUGUGGAACAAAAAAGUUCUACAACACAAACCGAAGAUUUUACAAUAUUUUAUUUAAAAAAUUUAUUUUUUGACAAAAAGAGCCUAAAACCCCAGCCGAAGUUCUUACUGGCAAAAUAAAAAAAAAUAAUGGUGAAAACCAAAUAAAAAUAUAAAACUGCAAAAUUUAAACUACUUGGGACACGAAAAUCCUAGGACGCCCGUCAAAGAUAAUACCGACAAUAAAAUAAAAAAAAUAUACCCCAAAAAAAAAGGAGGUACUAAUAUUUUAAUAAUAAAUAAUUUCAAUAUUACCAAUGAAAACAGUUUCAAAGAAUUUAUUGAGCUUCAUGCACAUGUAAAAGAAAAAAUUGUUCAAAUGUAUUCAGGCAAUAAUACAAGCUUCCCAUUUCACCCUGGGGAAAUAAUAUAUGAAAAGAUAUGUAAAAGAAAAAAUUGCUCAAAUGUAUUCAGGCAAUAAUACCCUGGAGAAACAAUUUAUGAAAAGAUGUCAGAACAAAGAAAUAAGCUGAAUCCCAGAUAUAAACCACAGGUUGUAAAAGAGGAUUUAGGAAAUAAGGUUAGAAUUAAUCAGAGAAAUAGAA